AUGAUUCUAUUUUCAGCUAUUUCAAAAGGAUCUCUUAUUUUAUGUGAAUAUACUGAAUCAAAUGAAGAUUUCUAGUCUUUAAUUUAGAAAUAGCUCAAAUUCAUUAAAAAUAAAGAAGAGAAACAAUAAUUUCAAAUUGUAUUUCAAUUCUUUAUUUUAAACCUAGAAUGACUACACGUUAUACCAUUUACAAAAAAACCAAUAUAAUUUUAUGUGUAUAUUGCAACAACCCUAAAAUAAUAAUGUUGAAGAUUAAUAAAAAUUUGCCUACCGAUUCCUUUAAGACAUUUCAGACAAAUUUUUAUUAAUGACUUAGUGUAAAUUUAAUAAUUUAACAUAAGCUUAAGGAAUAGACAAGGGGCAAUUCACAAAGGUUAUAGCAGAAAUUAUGGAUUAAUACAAUUCAAAAACUGAAAACCACGUUGGCCAAUUAAAACAAGAAAUUUAAGAGUAAAUAAAAAUAUAUUUAUAGAAUAAAAAUGCAAUAAGAAAUUAAUACACAAAAUGUCUAUUAGAAAGAUUAAGACAAUGUUAAAAAAGAACAAUUUGGUUACAGUGUUUAUACCUGUAAAUCUAUCUUCUUUGUUAUUAAUCUAAUUCUAGCUGGAAUACUUGUUGAAUUAUUUUCUAAAUUUGAUAAAUAUUUAUGA